UCGUAAAAGAUAAAUAUAUAUAGGAGCGAUAAGAGAAAUCAAAACCAAAAAGGUGCCAACAACAAUAUGCUGUCUUACAUCAAGCGAAAACUCUCUGAAUCGGACAGCAUUGGUGGAAACAACACCGUCGCUGUCAGUAGUAACCCAACAUCGGCCGCAGAGAUAGUGCGGAAAACGAGCCAAAUGUCUUUGGAUAAUGAAGCUAUUGCUUAUGGCGAGGAUGCAUUACUCCAAGAGCUAGGCUAUAGGAAUGCCACUGACCUACAGGAGACUAUUUAUGAUCUCCUGCGUACAAUUCGUGAUCCCGAGAAGCCAUGCACACUAGAGGACCUGAAUGUUAUCUAUGAGGAUGGCAUUUUUGUUCUGCCACCCACGCGCUCCAAUGUAUCUGUUGUACGCAUCGAAUUCAAUCCCACAGUGCCCCAUUGCUCUCUGGCGACCCUAAUAGGCCUGUGCAUAAGGGUUAAAGUGGAACGUGGGUUACCGCAUAAUAUUAAACUUGAUAUUUACAUAAAAAAAGGAGCACAUCAGACAGAAGAAGAGAUUAAUAAGCAAAUCAAUGACAAGGAGCGCAUUGCAGCAGCCAUGGAGAAUCCAAAUUUACGAGAUUUGGUUGAGAAUUGCAUUAAGGAUGAGGAGUAAUCAUUUCAUCAUCUCGAUCCAUCUUUUGUACAUAGAGUCUUUAAUUUGAUUAAGGGAUUAGAAUAAGUGUUAAAUUGCCUCUUUGACUGGAAUAAGUGUAACUUUUGUGUAGCAUUAAACAAAAAAAAGCAAAA